CACGUAUCCGACAAGUCUUGUCUUCGAGUGGAUAGAUCCAAGACACAAUGGAGAUUCCGUCCCCAUCGUCGAGCAGUAUCAGUGACUUUAUUCCAGUGGUGCCGACACCGAAAGUCUUGGCCACGACGCCGACUGUACCAGAUGUACACGUUCCCAUUCGACCGCGUUGGGUGCUCUAUGCCAACGUCCUGGUGUCACUGCUGCAACCACUGCAGUACGGAUGGUCUACCACUCAACUAAACCUCACAACGUUCAACAACCAAGAAGAGUGCGAUGCUAGACCCGUCGCACCCCACACCUGCCUCAUGUUCCCGGGACACACGAAAGCACAGUGGACAAUGGCGGUCAGUGCCUGGAUCCUGGGCGGCAUGAUCGGUGCUCUAGUGAUCGGACGGUUCUCCAACAAGUUUGGUCGGAAACGCAUCAUGAUGUCCAAUUGCCUCUUCAUGAUAACUGGGGCCGUUGUGCAAGCCAGCGCCUCCAACAUCCGGAUGUUCAUCGGUGGUCGAGUGAUUUCCGGUGUUGCAUCAGGAGGAGCCACUGCUGUUAUCCCUGGUUUUAUCAGCGAAAUCUCACCGCCAAGUCUUCGUAACAGCCUCGGAGUGGGCUUCCAGAUCGCCAUUACAGUCGGCAAUCUACUGGUUGCCAUCACCUUUUUCUUCUUCGAUACAAGCAGCGGUUGGCGUUUAAUUGCAGGAUUCCCUAUUGUACUUGCAAUAUUGUUCCUGGUACUCGCAUCUUUCGUUAUGGUUGAAAGUCCUACGUGGUUGCUCAUGGUGGGGGAGCACCAGUUAGCAGAGCGAGAGCUCGCGCGUCUAUUUGGCGAGGAGAACGUAUAUCUCGCUAAGACUUGGAUCAAGCAAGACCACCCUGCACCUCAAGAAAGUGAACAUACCAUACCAACUACUGCUCCCGAAGCUUCCAGUUUUGCCAAGCUACUCUCACCGACGCUCAUUCGGCAACUACUGACAGCAAUCGGUGUGGCUGGAGCUCAGCAACUCACGGGCAUUAAUGUUGUCUUCUUCUACUCGUCCACUCUCUUUGAACAGGCUGGCAUCUCGGACGAUCGUAUUGGAAUCGUCGCCGUCAACUUUGUCAACGUACUACCGACCAUGUUCUGCGGUAUGUUGGCCACUCGACUAGGUAACCGUAAGCUCAUCUUGUAUGGAUUAACGGGCAUGUUUAUCAGUGCAGUGGGCAUCACAGUGUCGCUUGUUGCUAGUUCACCAGCGCUUGCCAUCGUGUUCACUGCUUGUUACGUCACCACGUUCGGUUCGAGUCUUGGGUCGCUAGCGUGGGUGGUUAUGGCGGAUCUCUUCCCGGAUGACAUUCGAGCAAUGGGCAACUCUGUGUGUGUGGGCUGUAGCUGGUUGUGCAAUCUCGCAGUGGGUCUGGGUUACCCCUAUAUCGCUGCUGCAUUGGUCAACUUCAGCUUCACACCCUUCAUGUGCACAGUUGCAUUGUCGUUCCUCUUCGUGUACACGGUUGUACCAGAGACGUCGGGUAAGACGAUGCAGGAGAUCCAGGACGAGUUCACCGCACGGCGUCUGGUGAAGCAUUAA